AUGUCAUGGUUAUUUGGAUACAGCCGUCCACCUCAGACACCAACAGAUUUACCUCCACCUCCGGGAGAAAAUGCUGCAGAGCCACCGCCAAAUUUAACCAAAGCUGAAAAAAAAGCCAUGGAAGCCUAUAGGUUUGAUUCGAGUGCUUUAGAACGAGCUGCACAAGCUGCCCGCGAGCUGGAACGGUCAAAACACUCAAAGGAAGCACUAGAGCUGAGCAAACUUCAAGAGUCCACUCGUCAGCAAGAGCAAUUGGCUAAAAUCAAAGAGUAUGAGGCAGCUAUUGAACAGUCAAAGGUGGAACAAAAAAGAAUCGACCAUGAAGAAAGACGGAAGACCCUGCAGGAAGAAACUAAACAACACCAAGUCCGGGCUCAAUAUCAAGAUCAGCUGUCAAAGAAACGGUACGAAGAGCAGUUGGCACAACAGCAGAGGUCACAAGAGGAGAUACUGAGAAAGCAAGAAGAAAGUGUAGCCAAACAGGAGGCGCUUCGCCGUGCAACUAUAGAGCAUGAAAUGGAGUUAAGAGAAAAGAAUAAACUCAAGGCCAUAGAGGCAGAGGCGAGAGCUAGAGCAAAGGCAGACAGAGAGAAUAGAGAUAUAACACUUGAACAGAUUAAGCUGAAAGCUGCUGAAAACAGAACUACGAUAUUGGAGAGUAUAAAGACUGCAGGCAGUGUCAUUGGUACCGGUGUGAAUGCACUUAUAACGGACUGGGAUAAAACACUGGCAGCAGCUGGUGGGCUUUCCUUGUUGGCACUCGGUGUAUACACAGCAAGGGGUGCAACUUCGGUGACUGCUAGAUUCAUUGAAUCCAGGAUUGGUAAACCGACGUUGGUGAAUGAGACUUCAAGGUUUUCAGUGCUGGAAGCCGUAAAACACCCAAUCCUGACGGUUUCUAGGGCCGUAUCUCACUUCCGGAAUCCCUCAGACGCGCUUGCGGGAGUUGUCCUUGCACCUAAUCUAGAAAAGCGGUUGAGAGAUAUCGCCAUAGCGACGAAGAACACACGCCUCAAUGGAGGCUUCUAUAGAAAUCUGUUAAUGUAUGGACCUCCAGGAACAGGGAAGACAUUGUUUUCGAAGAAAUUGGCCAAGCAUUCCGGAAUGGAGUACGCAAUUAUGACGGGCGGUGAUGUCGCACCUAUGGGCAAAGACGCCGUAGCAUCUAUACACAAAGUAUUCGACUGGGCUAACACGAGUAGAAAAGGUGUACUCUUGUUCAUCGACGAAGCGGACGCGUUUCUAAGGAAGCGUUCAUCAGAGCACAUAAGCGAAGACCUCAGGGCGGCGCUCAACGCAUUCCUAUACCGCACCUCAGACCAGAGCAGUAGGAUCAUGCUAGUGCUGGCGUCGAACACGCCGCAGCAAUUCGAUUCCGCUAUCAACGAUCGUUUGGACAAAAUGAUCGAGUUUGGUCUGCCCGGUGUGGAGGAACGAGAGCGAUUGAUCAGGCUGUACUUUGACAAGUUUGUGCUAAAACCAGCUUCAGAGGGCAAGAGGAGGCUUAACGUAGAUCAGUUCGAUUACGGCGCCCUCUGCACUGAGCUGGCUAAGCGCACUGCGGGCAUGUCAGGUCGUGCGCUCUCGAAACUGGGCGUGGCCUGGCAAGCUGCUGCGUAUGCGUCGGAUGAUGGACGCCUAACGGAGCAGAUGUGCAUUGAGAUAUGCGACGAUGCGGUCAACGAUCACAGGCAGAAGAUGGAAUGGCUGUCAGCUGAAGAGAAAUCUCGGAGUAUGAUGCCGUACCUCUUAGACUUACCACCUCUUGACAAUGAGGCGGCCGUACGCAAAGUCAAGGAAACCAAAGUGAAAAAGACCCCAACCGUUGGUACAAAGCAAACAGAGGUCGACAAGUGA